UUACACAGAAUCAAUUUGGUCUUCCAGCCAACAUGGCUUGGUCAUCCAAACGUAACAUAUGUAAGUAGAGCUUGGCUGCCUCUUGUGUUCACCUGAGCCACUCACCUGUUCAGUUAGACUAAAGAUUUCCGUGUUCUUCGCUGGAAUAGUUAUUAAUCAUUGCACUGUGUUCGUUUUGACGGAGGUGAACGUGAAAAAAUAAUACACUGGGACGAAUAGACUUUUGUAGCUAGCUAAGGACUACUCAAGCAUUCACUUGCCAAGAUUGAUAUGAAUUACUGGAUACACCAUCGUUGUGAAAGAACAAUAUCUUGAUUGGGAAGAAGAAAUAUGUGAUCGUUUCCAUUAUGAAAAAGUGCAUCAAUCUUUGCUCGGUUAGAGAACAUGCAAAGUAACAAACAAAAGAUGUAGAAGCGGUAACAAAAAAAAAGUAACAAAAAAAUAAGACAUACUACAAUCAUUUUUUCACAAUGGAGCCAAUACUGUUACGAGUUAUGUGCGUUUGUAGUCUGUUUUCGGUGGUUUAUCUUCAAAACGUAACCAACUGUAGAAUUGCUAAAUGUGAAUUUUACUUACGUGAACAGCCAGCACCAAAUAUCAUGCACUAUCUCAAUGAAACUAUGGAAACCAAAAUGUUCGGAUUACGGUUAUUUCUCAUGGAACCCUACACUGAUUCCAGGUGUUAUGUGGAUACGAAAGAAUUUAUCGACGCCUUCAACUUUGACACCAAACCUGUUUAUGCAGUACUAGUGUUCUGGUGUUUGAAAGAUUUUGAAGUAUAUUUUACUGACGACCACAGGCCAUUUUUACCAAAUGUGAUGUCAUAUCUACAGAUUGUGAAUUGUACAAUAUCCCAGGAGCAACUGUAUCCGAUUCAAAACCGAUUCAAGAUAUUUAUGAUCAACUUCUACACAAAAUAUCCAUCAUUAGAUAUGAAAUACUGUGACGGAGAACCAAUUCAUAGAAAUAGCUGUAAAGUGUGGAAUACCCUAGAAGGUAUCACGUAUAUGCCUAAAAAUUUAACAAACUCAGUCAAAUCUAUCAAGGAGCUUUUUUAUUGCAACACCACCUUUCCUUACAUGAAAGAAAUUAACUUUGUAAAGUUCCCAAUGAAGCAGUAUCUCUCUCAGUUACCCAGUAUGUUUCCGAGAUUACAAGUCCUCUCCAUUGAAAACUCCGACCUGAUGCAACCUCCAGAUUUUCCAUGGAGUGAUGUUUGGUUGCAUUUAAGUUUCAACAUGUCCAGAACCGAUACAGAACACUAUGAAUUCGCUGAAAUUUUUCACAUUCAAGUACCUAAUGACAUGCAUAUGAAAAAAAUGUCACUAAGCAAAAACCAAAUUACGGAUCUUUCCAACCACACUUUCAGAGGAUUUCUACAUAAACUCGACUUAUCCAGAAAUGGACUUCAUACUAUCAGUAAUGAUACCUUUAGAAAUCUUAGAGGGUUUCAGUAUUUGGAUCUUAGUUUUAAUGAGUUGGUACAUGUUCCAACAGACUCUUUUAAAGGCUUAAAUGAACUUCGACAUCUUGAUUUUAAAAACAACCAUAUCAGUUAUCUGUCAUCCGAUCAUUUUUCUGAUAAUUUGAAUUUGGUGUACUUGGACUUUUCCGGAAACAAAAUAAGCAACAUUGAACAAAACACUUUUUCUCAUUUGAGGCUCUUACGGGAACUUCAUUUGGAAUAUAAUAAAAUUGCGGCAAUACAUGCAAACGUUUUCCCAAGUCGCUCUAUAGAAUUUAAGAAGCUUAUUCUUGACGGUAAUGGGUUCUCCGAGGUCCCAGAGGUUGUGUUCUCACUUCAAUUAUUAGAAAAAAUAAGUUUGAAAAACACAAAUUCGAAAUUUAAAAACUUUACUCAAACAAUUUUAGACUUUACAAGAAAUCCGAUUCAAGAUGGAGUAAAUAACGAAACAACAGUAGAAAACCAAAAUUUCGUUGUCAGACAGCCAAUCGACGAUAAACACUCAGUUAUCUUGGAUUUAACUGGAAGCAGAAUUGACAAUUUGGAAAUACCAAACUAUGAGGUUAACGAGAUAAAAUCAAAAGAAAUUGAACAACUGCACCAAAAUCUUCUUCUGGUGUUUAAAACUUUCAAAUUUAUUUUGGAAGACAAUCCUCUUCGCUGUGAUUGCAGAAUUAACCAAAUUUCAAAAGUAUUGAACUUUUUAAUAAAAGACAAUAUUCUUGAAGCUGAUAAAAGCUUCGAUUGGAAAUGCCAAUGGCCAGCUGAGUUUGAAAGCCACAGUUUACUAGAAGUCCCCGAAAAGGACACAUAUUGCGAGAAAAAUAUACCACUUUGCCCAUUCAACUGCUCAUGUUAUGAAAGAUCUCUCAGCAAUAUAACCAUCGUAGACUGUCGUAAUAGAGGGUUUCGCUCUUUACCUAAAAUGUUACCUUCUGGUAGCUUGGACCUCUGGUUUCAUCAAAACAACAUAACAACAUUAAGUAAUAGAAUAUACCUCAACCACAUUCGUUCAUUUUAUUUGUCUCAUAAUAGUCUUGCACAAAUUGAGUCUAGUGUGUUCCGUCAAUUGAAAAACCUUCAGGAACUAUUUUUGAACUUUAAUUUUUUGGUAUCUUUGCCUUCUGAAAUCCAGGACUAUUUCUCAGGAAAACUUAAUAUAGAAGAUAAUCCCUUUAAAUGUGAUUGCAAUACGGUUUGGUUGAAACAUUGGAUGUUAAAUAAACCAAAUAUAACCAUUAAUUCGCAAAAAGUUACGUGUAACGUUGAUAAAGAACACGAAAAUGGAAGACAAUUUCUAAGUGUACCAGACAACGAGUUUGUAUGCCUGGAAAACUUUGAUUCUUAUAAUAAGGUUCUUGUUCCAAGUGUGAUUGCAUCUGUUGUUUUAGUCUUGAUGAUUAUAACCAUUUGCCUGAUGUACAUUUAUAGGCUUGAAAUCAAGGUCCUACUUUAUAUAUACCUUGGAUUUCACCCCUUUGAUCAGGAUAAGGACUGUAAAGAAAUUGUAGAUGUACUAGUGGUACAUUCACCAGCAGCGACGAAAUGGGUAAUGGAAAAUGUUGUUGAAUAUUUGGAAUUCAGUAGUGCUCAUUAUUUAGUUUGCGAAAUGAUGCGAGAUUUUGUAGCAGGAUUUUCAUACCAAGAAAAUAUUGCCACGUUGGUGAAACAUAGUAAAAGAAUAGUAAUCGUGCUCUCAAAGGAAUUCAUAAACGACGACAUCUUAAAAAUUGCAUGGAAUGAGACCCAAGAAAAGAUUAAAGCUCUUAAAACUAACUACGCCAUUGUUGUGUCAUACGAUGUGAAUUUAAAAGAAAUUCCAGACAAAGAUUUGCAGCAAUAUAUCAAAAGAGGUCGUUACAUUGAUGCUAAUCAAAGUUUCUUUCAAGAAAAACUUUUAUACUGCAUGCCACAACUAACUGGCGACGACAUGAGAGUCAAAAGUCUACCUGACUUAAAAUAUCUUAUUCAGAACAUGUAUGGGAACGAUGUCACGGACGCGGAGAUGUAUGAAAGACAUGCUUUCCUGUCGUAUUGCGAAAGCGAUAUGGGGUACGUCAUGAACGAACUGAGACCAAUUAUAGAAGACAAUGGGUUUACACUAUGCCUACCAGAUAGGGACUUUAUUCCUGGAGCACCAAAAGAGGAAAAUGUCCUAAAAGCGAUUGACAACUGUUUACAUACCAUAUUUCUUCUUUCUGGAGAACAGUUAGAUAAUGAGUGGUCAGUUUUUACUUUCAGAUCCGCCAGUGAAAAGUCAAUGCGAGAAAAAUGUAAUCACCUCAUUGUGGUUCUAGGUGAUGAUGUGAAUGUGGAAACAAUGGGGGAGGAGGUACGAGCUUACGUGAAGACACACGUUUCUCUUAAAGUGAGUGAGAAGGGUUUUAUCAGACGUUUAUUGAAUGCCCUCCCUGAUAUCGAAAACCACGAGUUGUACAUUAAACACGACGACAAUAAUUUUGUGGACUUCGAAAACUUGCACAAAACGAAGAUGGAAGACGGACUAAGCAGGAUAGUUGCCGAUAUGAUAGAAAAUGAGGAAAAGAAAAAUGGAAUCCAAAUCCAAAAUGGGAAAAUGAAUGGUCAUGUUCAGUUGACAGAUAUUCAUUUGAACGGAACACAACACUAUCAAAAUAGAGCUUUUCAAAAGGACGAAACUGAUGUUAUUGAUAUCAAUGAAAAUGAAAGAAAGAAACAAUGACAUUUUAUGUAAUAUACAGUUUGUGAUUCAAUGUUGUAGACUUCAAGAUUAGUAUAUCCACAUUUUAUGGGGUCCAUGCCAUCUUUAAAGAUGUAUUAUCUUUUGGCGAUUUUAUAAUCUUAUCAUGAUGCCCCCCGAAAUUCUGACCCUUCACUUAUUGGCUGUCUGAAAAAACUGUUAUAGAAAUUAAAGUAGUUGAAAUGGAGAAUCGACCUUAAUAUCAGCUUAAUAAAAUUUAGCUUAUAAUAGAAGUCAUCAUUAACCACGGGUGGUCAACAAAUUUAUCUUAAUUUUAAGCUAUAAAAUACUCAGCAAUACAGAAAAAUGUCCUAAUUUAGCUUAAAGAUUUGGAGUGUUUUCCUAGAUUUUAAUACAGCGCUCUUCUUUCUAGAGAGAUUCAUAUGUCUUAUCAUGACCAUGACCAUACAGUCUUUCUAAAAAUAAAUAAAAAUUGAUCUGAAAUCAAAUUUUUAGGAGGGAGGGGUGGGGUUGGUUUGGAAAUGUCGUUUCAAGACACCAUAUUUUUUUUAAUUAGGGACAUGUUGUGAAAAGCUUACAUAAUUUUGUCAGCAGUAUUUAUUAUGACGUCAUAUAUACUCACCUUGUGCAUUGCUGAAUGUGCAUGAUCAUUGUGUACUUACUCUCUACCUCUUAUUUUGUUUUAAAGCUUUACGGUCUAAACCAUACAGAUAUACCUCUUUUGUUGUUUAUAAAGUGUAUUGGAAUGGCAAAAAAAUACCGGUUAAUUGGGCGAAUUUUUAUAACUGCCUGUUUUAAAUUAUUUGGAUUUAAAAGUAGAUGGAAAUGCUUGCUUGGCUUUUUUAUUUAUAUUUUCAAUAACUUGUGAAUGCUCGAAAUAUAGAUUUUUUUAAAAUUAUUAUAAUUUUCAUGCUUCACACAAUAUGACUGUUUUUAUUUAUUGACGGUUGUUUGAUCACAUGUUAAUUAUUAGAAUCAAAAACAUUUUUAUACAUAUUUCUUAAGUGGUUUAAAAAUUCUGAAAAAGUGAUUUUUUUUGGAAACGCACUUUAAGAGACGAAAAGCAAUGUCAUAAUAUCAAUUUUAGAAACACAAUAAACGGAACAAAUUGGCGUCCUUUGUCAGGAAAGAUAACUUUGUUUAUUUUAAUUUUGGUUUAUUCCAACCUUGAGAUUAUGCAUGUUGAUGUCAAGUAAACAUUUAACGCACUGACCAAAUUUGAUUUUUAUGCAGUACAUUUAAAUCUCUAAUAUUUUUAUGGACAAAUUUUUAUACAAAGAACUGUUUGAAAUCCGCUUGGUUAACCGGUUUCUAUAAAUUUGGCCAGAUUUCAAUACAGUAGAAUAAUGAUUUUUAUACCUAUUUUCCUCUUUUUUCGUUUUGCUUGUUCUUUGAAAUGUAAAAUUGUUUUAUUGUGUAAUAUUUAAAGUUAUAUCAUUAAUAAACUCUUUACUCAG